AUGCCACACCUGCGCAGACAACCUCACCCGCGCAACCCGGUCCCCAGCCAAAACCCAAACACACCACCAGACCUCCGCGCACAGUACCAAACCCCGCCGACGCGGCAUCCAAACCCAACACAACUCUCCACCGGCCCCGAUGCAUUCACCCCCGAAGCCGCCGAAGCGGGACACCCAGCAGCAGGGAUAGAUCCAUUUACGAUAUUCGGCAGACCACGAGCAGACGCUCAAGCCUUGAUGAUGGAUGCCGAUUUCGACGACGACUACGAUCCCCGCAUAAGCGGGAUGGACGAUCUGGGCGAUGACCAACCCAGCCCGGACGAUUCAUUCGACGUGGAUCAAGCGGAAGAAGGGCAAUUCGACGAUUCCGAUAUCGAAGAACAGCAAGAAGAUGGUGACGAGGUCUUUGAGGGAGAUGUCGACGAGGAAAUGCAAGAUCGCGAGCGAACGCCAACGCCGCUCCCGCCUAAUCUACGUGAGAUCUCUUCACUGGCAUCUUGGACUGUGUCCACCUCCAAACCAGGCUGUGGCGUCGCUGCCCUCCGCAAUCCCUCUCCACAACAGUACUGGCAAUCCGAUGGUCCGCAGCCACACACGUUAACACUGCACUUCUUCAAAUUGGUCGCUGUGGUGAAAGUGCGCGUAUUCCUAGACUUCGAUCUGGACGAAAGCUACACGCCCACGAAGAUGAUUUUCGCCGCAGGCAUGGGCGGGAACGAUCUCGUCGAGUUCGCAACGUGGGAAGGCGAAGGGCCAUGCGGAUGGGUCGAUAUCCCACUCGAAGGCGUAGGAGGCCGGAAUGGCGGGUGGGUGAGAAGUGACUCAAAGCCCGAGUCUAGUGCUGAGCAUCGCGUUGUGUAUCGCAACUGCGAGGAUGCUGAACAUGAUCAUGAUGAGGAGUGUGAGCCUGUUGAAGAGGAUGAGGAUGAGGAUCCUUAUUCAGGGAAUGUGCUUAAGGCUAUGGUGAUUCAGAUGCGGAUUAUGGAGAAUCAUCAGAAUGGAAAGGAUACGCAUGUGCGUGGAUUCCAGGUAUUUGCUUGUGAUGAUAUUCGAAGGAAGAUUGGGAAUGGGCCUUCUGCUUCGGCGGAUGAUAGACGGAGGGGGCAGCAUGAUCUUAGGGGGAUGGCGAGUGAGGAGGUUGAGGCUUUGCCGGUUGGGAUGGAUGAGCCGGAUUGGAUGGGGGAGCCUGUUAUUCGGUGA